AAGUAUCAAGGCACAAGUUGAGAAAAUAAAAGAGAUAAACCGCAACCGAGUCGAAGCAACAACCGAGAGAAGUUACAACCACCUCCUUUCGUACAGCUACUUCAAGUUUCAUGGCUCGUGGUAUAUUCAUAAAAAAAUGUUCGUUGGGUCGAAGCACUUUUCUGGAGGUUUUACGCGCCAUGCUGUUUGCAUACCCACGCGCGUCGAAACGCGUCGCGCGUGACCCCCGUAUUUUUAUUGUACAUCUUUAUUGUGCAGUCCCUUUUGACAGAGCGAUUCAUAAAGAACGAUGAAUUCGCCGCAGUUGUGGCACGGCGUUUUCAAAAAGGGACACGCAUCUUCGCCGCGAAGAAAAACUGAUUCCGUGGAACGGAAGAAGGAAUCGGUUUAAAGUCACUUUACGAGUUUCCCUUUGCGAGACGAGACACCUGGCCGAAGGCCAUCCGCGGGUCUGGAAUCCUGAAAGUGCAGUAAAACUGACCGAAGACAGAGCUGGGGGAUACCUUUUUGAACGAAUAGUGCCUUCUCCCUUUCGGCCCAUCCAUUCACAGAUCCCCCCUCCUUGGCCCUUUGUCCUUAAACAGCCGGUUCAACCCUCCUCGAUCAGGAUCGCUCGCUUUUGACCGAUGAUCCUCGUCGGAGACUCAUCCUUAAAAGCUUGACUGUUCUGAUAAAAUUUUCGGGGUGCAGCCCUUGGAAUUCCUCUAGACUAGCAUUUUUAAGAUGGGAUUAAUUCCGACGUAGGGAACGACGACUGGAACCCAGACCUAACCCAGGCCAUUUUCUAUUUAACGAGUCUGGAAGAUGGUGAAUCAUCUUCUUUCGUACGUAUCGUUUACGUUAGGUACGUGCAAAAUACACGAAACGAUACUGCAGACAAUCGGGAAAGUGAGUUAGAAAGGAUACGAAAGCAGGAGUGCAGAAACUCAUAGUUUUCAAAAUAGAAAGAUCUCUAAAUGUCCGUGCAGUUUAUAGGUAGACAGAUCGUAGCUGUUAUUGACAGUUUGUUUGAACAACGGUAAUCACGUCUUUAACGUUAACACCCGUGAAGUUGGAGGUUAGAGGCAGGUUAUAGGACAGCUUCUCGUGGCUAGGUCGAGAUCCCAUAGAAGCUCGACGUCCUCCUCCGGGACCAGGAGUAAUCGCCUUGUUGCGUUACCCAGUUAUCGUUUGCGCGAAUAGUCUUCCACGGCCAGCAGAAGCGCGAAGCACAAUGGCGGUUGUCAUUGUUUCGUUCGACUGGAGGAACCUGUACUUGAUCCUAAUCUCUUUUAUUUAUCGAGCGACUAGUCUCGCGCGACUAGAUCGUGUUUACGCAGAUUCGAGUUGGCAUGGCGAACAUUUUCAGUAACAGAGGAAUAACGCACAGGACAUCCUUCGUUGAUAUCUGAAAUAUUAUAUUUUCAAACUCGUUUACGUCCGAUUUCAACCAUCCUUGUCGUUCACAUUUCCCAACAAUUUACCACAAUCGUCGUUCGCGAUGCCCCGUAACCCGAGAGUAGCCACCAAAAACCGCGAAAAAUCCGAAACGUCGUUCGACCCGCGGAUAACGCAUUAACCGGACACCGAGAACGCACUUGCUUCCCCGGACCGACACUCGUCGAAAAUUGAUUUAACCCGGGGACGGCCGGAGACGCGAGUUACAAUUUAACAGGUCCUCCUUAAAAGGAGUAUAUCAUGCACAGGCACACCGAUAAACUACAGAGACGGACGGACUCGUCGAAAAAAAAAAAAAAAAAAAGAGGAGAACGAAAGUACGCAACGAAGACGUCUACCGGCGUCUCCUCCCGUCGGAAAUCCUGGAUCUUCGAUCGAGUCAGGCAGACGAUACGUCCGGGCGGGCGAGCGAGCGAAGAGGGAGCGAGAGAGAGAGGUGGGCCGAGCGAGCCUACCCCCUCGGAGAGGAAAGUUUACCGGAAAAAUAUCCGGGAAGUUGCAGGGCAGAAGCACACAGCGACUCGCGCCUCUUCCCCCACCCUGAUGCGCGCCGUGUCUCAGCAGAGUCGUCCUCGGCUUCUGCGCUGUCGCCAGAGCGCUGUCUUUGGCCGACCGAGUCGGCGCAGCCCGGUGGGGGCAGUUGGACUGUCGUGGUGGGGGAAAACCCCGGGUUUCUCUCCCACCAAGCAGAGACGGCGCAGCAUCAACGGGUUCCGCGAGGCCACGCCCCGUCGCAGCAGCUGGUUACGCCCCGCCGCCCCCACUAGUUCGUCGGCGCAGCUGCCACAGGGUUCCUCGGCUAGAGGGGCGCUCUAGAGGCUCGGUGUAUCGUGUUGGAUGGUUGGUGGGGGGGCGUCGGGACGCGGAGCACACUCGGCAACCCGGCACUGUGGAGGGGUGGAAGCGGCCGGCCGCGGAGGGGCGGGGAAGCGAGCAGUUCGGCAGCGCGACCCGACGUGGGCACUUCGCUGUCCGGCCUUUCCUUCAUUAAAAUAUUAUUCUGUGCGUAGAGAGAGAGAGAGAGCUGCGGAGCCCGGCGAGCCUUCGCCGCCGUUUUCACGCCACGAGCAACGCACUCUCGCCACCCCCUCGUCACGGGUCUUGCGUCGUUCGCGUUUACCGAGGGGUUGGACGCGGACGUGGAUUUUUUUCCCUGCCGGUUGGACCGCUCGCCCAAGGAUUAUCUGCAGGUUCGGGCUGUGUGUGCGAAGGAAAGGAAACGAAACGAAACGGGUGACCGCGAGGAUCGGUGUUUCCUCACAGUGCGCGACUUUACUCCGAUCGUUCGGGGCUCGUUCCGGUAUCCUCUUGGCCGGGCUGUGACGCGUCACCCGGAACUCGCGUUGGAGGGAACAAGGGAGCAACCUGCUCGACACGAUCCCUCGGCCACAGACGAACGACUGCAGUCCGGGAUCCGCUUGGCUCGCCGAACGAGGAAUCGGCAAACCGGAAACGAACGACCGAGAGACGGAUUCCGCGGUUCCGUCGUUUUGGACAACGAGUGUCGAAGUGUCGGGACGGUGCACGAAUCUGAAAGGAUACUUAGCGUGGUGUCGAAGUCCUCUGGGAUUCUCGAGGGGUGAUCGUUCGCUGUAGCCGGUCUCGUGGCCGCAGCUGAAAACUGUGUGUGGUGCUCGAAAACGUAUACCGCCGUUCAUCGGCGUUAUCGAAUCGGUUUUGGAUCUCACCCGUUCCUCACCCGGUCCGUGGGUGCGAGGGAACGCGCGACAGAAAUAGUGUCGGGACCUCUGAUCGGUUAUUUGUUCGCUGGAAAGAGUAAUAUCGUGCUGGAAGAUUACAAGUGUUUCAAGGGGUAACAGUGCAACUGCUGCUUAAAGAGAAACUGGCAGCUCGCGGGAUAUGAACCCAGGUACGACCUGGGGUUGCGUCGGGGUAGCUAGCAAAGCGUCUGUCGGUGGUGAAGAGGAGAGUACGAUUACUGAUAGACAACGAUUGAAGAGGGCGGGGAGCCCAACGUGCGGUAGAAGAAGAAGAAGAAGAAGAGCAAGUCGAGAGAGUGUAGGCGCAGGCGCCGUAGGUGAUGUGAGGCUGGCGCCCGCCUCACGUUUGGGGUGAUGCCCUCCAGUGAGCCUCAUCCCCCCCAGUACCACCUUCAGCACCACAACAUUCCUCCGUCGCAUCUUCAGCAGCACACGUCGGCCGCGAUCGGGCAGCAUCAGCUCUAUCAGCAGCUGGUGGCGGCCCAUCAACAGCAGCAGCAGCAGCAGCAGCAACAACAACAGCAACAGCAGCAGCGACAGCAGCAACACGGCGGGCCCUUUCAAAAUUCCACGUACGCGCAGCAAAAGCAGGAGAUGAGCCCGGAGGAGGAGGGGGGUCGAGGGGGCGGGUCCCCCCCGGCAGCAGGGGCUGCGCUGCACCAGCCCCAUCACCCCCGCACGGCCAGUCCACCCUCGGGCACGGAACCCUGCACCCGCGAUGCCAUACCAACGCCUACACCUAUCGCGGACACGACCACAACGACAACCACCACUACCAUGACAAUGCAAUCGCAGGGCCAGCAACAAGAGAAGCAGGGUCCAAGCCCCAGCCCGAGUCCAACGGGCGGCGACGUUGAGAAAUUCGACGGAAAGAUCGUCUACAAUCCCGACGGCUCGGCGUACAUCAUCGAGGGCGAGAGCGAGCUAAGCGAAGACGACUCUCUGCCGGACGGUUGCAUCGUAGACGGGCGCGGUGUCUCGGUUCCUCAUUCUCUGGUAUUUCCUCAGAUCGCGAACGCGUACUACGUCUCGCGGCUGUACGCGCAUCAGGCCUACCAGCAGCAGCAGCAACAGCAACAGCAACGGUCGACGGUGCAACAGCAUAAUCCCGAUCUUCCCGUGAUGCACAGCUAUCGGGUGAUCAGCUACAGAAGCGCGGAGGGUAGUAAACAGCCACCCCCGCCACCGGCAGCCCCGCCGCCCCCGGCCGCCUCCGUGCCCGUGAAACCCAUUCUUAUGUGUUUCAUAUGCAAGCUAAGUUUCGGGUACGCUAAAAGUUUCGUGGCGCACGCUCAAGGCGAACAUCAGCUCACCCUGAUGGAAGACGAAAGGCAAGUGCUCUCCCACUCGACCGCGUCGGCUAUCAUUCAAGCCGUGGGCAGAGGGAAGCAACCGCUCGUCAGUUUUCUCGAACCCGUGACCAACUCCACCUGCUCGCAACCGUCACCCGCGCAGAUGCAGAGUCAGCAACAACAGCAACGCUCCGAAGCGAACGAUCACGAGAUACCCACCACGACCACCACGCCUGCGAGUACCCCUGGCGUGCCGAGCAGUCCGCAGCAACAGCAACAACAACAGCAACAGAGGCCGUCGCCGAGCACACCCACCACGCCCACAUCGCACUCGAAUCAUCCUCUCGCGUACAAUCAUCAACAAACGCAGCAACAUCAAUGGACCGGAGCUCAGGUGAGCGCCGCAUCCUGGGCCAAGGCGCCCGACGCUGCAGGCAUCCAUUACACGUCACCGCCACCGCCAACUUCCUCGACGAAAGGCUCACCGUCCUCCUACGCCGCUCUGACCCAGCAACCACCCAAUUUCCUCACGGGCACGACCAUCGGCGUCUGUCCCGAGCACAUGCAAGGUAGACCUAGCGGGGUCGAGUGUCCGAAAUGCGAACUGAUCCUCGCCAGCAGCAGACUGGCCGGUCCCGGUGGACCCCUGGCCGGCAUUCACAGUCGGAACUCUUGCAAAACCCUCAAGUGUCCUAAAUGCAACUGGCAUUACAAGUACCAGGAAACUCUGGAGAUACACAUGAAAGAGAAGCACCCGGAGAGCGAGACCUCCUGCAUAUACUGCAUCGCCGGUCAACCCCAUCCGAGGUUAGCGCGUGGCGAGACUUACACCUGCGGAUACAAACCGUACAGAUGCGAGGUGUGUAACUAUUCCACCACCACCAAGGGCAACCUCAGUAUUCACAUGCAGAGCGACAAACAUCUAAACAAUAUGCAGGAGCUUCAGCAAGGUGGCGGCGGUAGCUCGGGCGCCAACAAUCCAUCUUCCUCUCAAGACGCCCCGAUGCCGACGAGAAGUCCCCACCAUCAGCAAAAUCACAGCCCGCACAUCGCCGGUCAACCCGGAAACCAAAGCAAACCGAAGCCAACGUUUCGCUGCGACGUUUGCAACUACGAGACGAACGUCGCGCGCAAUCUGAGGAUACACAUGACCAGCGAGAAACACACGCACAACAUGCUGGUGCUGCAGCAGAACGUGAAGCACAUGCAGACGCUCUCCGCGUUGCAGUCCCACCAUCAGCAGGCACAGCACCACCAUCAGCAAGCGCAACAACAUCAGCAGCAACAGCUCGAACAGUUGCUGCAUCUCGGCGGGCUGGACAAGCCCCAACACGCGGAGGCAGCGUUGGCGGACAUGGCGUACAAUCAGGCUCUGCUGAUUCAAAUGAUGACCGGCGGUCAGCUGCCACCGCAGCUACCGCCAGAACUUAUGGGCGGUAUGGCGAGCAUGGGCGCGAUGGGCAACCUCGCCGGAGACGUUGGUCUCUCGCCCGACAGCAUGGAUCCACCGCCCGAACCGGCAGAUCCCGAUCCAUCCCAUCUUUAUCAGUGCUGCGUCUGCAACAACUUCGGCACGGACUCCUUGGAAGCCAUGGGCCACCACCUGGCCAUCGAUCGCACGCGGACGCGCGAGGGCGAGAUCCUCGCUCUGGUCGCCGGUCACUUUGUCUGUAAACUUUGUUCCUAUAAAACUAACCUAAAGGCGAACUUUCAACUACACUGCAAAACCGACAAGCACCUUCAACGUCUGCAGCAUGUGAACCACGUGAAAGAGGGCGGUCCCCGAAACGAGUGGAAGCUCAAGUACUUGGCGUCGCCCACAAGCGCCGCGCAAUUGCGUUGUCACGCGUGCGACUAUUACACCAACAGCGCUCAUAAAUUGGCGCUCCACGCGGCUUCACCGCGACACGAGGCCGCGGCUCUGCUCCUCCGUCACCUGCUCGAGGCCAGCGCCAACGUGUCGUCGCAGGGGAAAUUGUAUCACUGCGCUCUAUGUGGAUUCAGCGCGAGACACCGAUUGCCGCUGCUCCAGCACGUCCGGUCCCUGAGACACCUUCAGAUGGAGCAAUUGCAUCAGCUCCAUCGACGGAGCGGCAUCCAAGGGAACGAAACGCCGCACACCGACAUCGGCGACGUUUUCCAAGUCGUCAGCGACCCCGAUGCACCGCCUACUCAACAGUCCAGUCCCACCACGCCGACCACUCCGAAUGCCACCGCCGCCAACAGUGAACGACGAGAGGAAGGCAGCGACUGCGGUAACGAGGUGAAGCAAGAGCCGGAUAACGAUCAGGAACCAGAACAAGAACCGGAGAACGAACACGAGGAUGUCACCUGCCCGUAUUGCACUUAUCAGCCAACGUCGCGCGAAGAAUUAAGGCAGCACUUGCAAGUGGCCCACGUUCAGGAUUCCGAGGAGAAGCCGGAGACCGUGAAGGAGGAGCCACCGCCUGAAUUGUUGUGCCCGUUGUGCCAAGACGGCUUCAGAGAGCGUUCCGCGCUCGAGAAGCACGUGAUGCAAAUACAUUCGGUCAACUCGGACGGUUUGCAACGGCUGCUGCUGCUGGUGGAUCAGAGCCAUUGGUUAAACAACAAUCCGAGGAACACCUCGACGCCGGCGGUGACCACGCCAACGUCGCCCACCGCCAGCGGCAAGCCCAGCCAGGAAGAGGAUCUCAGCGAGCGGAGUGCCAACGACGAGAUCGAGGAGCUGACGAGAUGCACCAUCUGUGGCCGCAUUUGUCGCUCCUUGGAGGAAUUGCAACAACACCAUCGCGAGUCUCAUCCCGCCACCACGCCCACGUUAGCGGUCAGCGAGAAACACGUUUACAAGUAUCGAUGCGGCCAGUGCAGCCUGGCGUUCAAAACGUUGGAGAAACUGCAGCAACACUCGCAAUACCACGCGAUCAGGGACGCGACCAAGUGCGCGUUGUGCGGUCGUUCGUUUCGCUCGGUUCAGGCGCUUCAGAGACACCUGGAGUCCACUCACGCGGACAUGCACGAGGAAGAGCUCGCGCAGUACAAGCAGAGCCUGCUCCACGCUCACCCGCUUCUGCAGGCCCUCACCGAGGAGAGCCUGCGGAGACAGGGUAAUCUGGCCGGCGAGCAGAACGUCGAGGACGAUGCCAGCAAAGCCGAGGAGGAGGAGAGCGAUGCCAGCGACUCGUCGCCCCUGCAUAAAGAACAACGUCUGCUGGAAGACUAUCUCAACAGCCAGCCCGUAGCCGAGGACUCCUACCACGAUCCAGGCAGGAAGUUCAAGUGCCAUCGCUGCAAACUAGCGUUCACGCGGCAGAGCUACCUCACCGGGCACAACAAGACCCUGCUGCAUCGCAAAGGCGAGAAGAUGUCCUAUCCGAUGGAGAAGUACUUGGACCCGAACAGACCUUACAAGUGCGACGUUUGCAAGGAGAGCUUCACCCAGAAGAACAUACUCUUGGUUCACUACAACAGCGUGAGCCACCUGCACAAGCUGAAGAGAGCCAUGCAGGAGCAGGGUAACAAUAACACGCUGAUCUCGGUGGUACCGCCGGCUAGUCCGACGGAGUCGCCCGAUUCCCAGCAAGAUCAAGACAAGAAGCCUUACAAAUGUAACAUCUGCAAGGUAGCCUACUCUCAAGGCAGCACUUUGGACAUUCACAUGAGAAGCGUGCUCCAUCAGACUAGGGCCAGUAAAUUACCAGAUCUCGCCGCCAGCGGUCAAUUAGACCUCGCACGACCUCUGAUAGAACAACCACCGACGAGUCCAAACAGUCCACCCAUCAACACCAACGCCAGCAACACGGGGACGAUGCUGUCCUGUCCUCGAUGCAGCGCUCUUUUCGUCAACCAGGAGCAGCUCGCCACGCACCAACAGCUCUACUGCAUCUUCAGCAAUCCUCUGGCACUGUUUCAACAACUGGCCGCGUCGCAGCAACUCGUUCCAUCCGCGCCAGCCAAGACACCACCGCCCACGUCCACCACGCCUGGUCCUCAGCAACACAUGCAGCAAAGCGCCCAACACGCCGCGCAAACGACGCAGGACAUUUUAUCGCAGCCGCGUCACAAGACCUCGCAAAUGUACAAGCACCUGCUGGAGAGCUUCGGGUUCGACCUGGUCAUGCAGUUCAACGAGAACCAUCAGAGACGUCAACGAAAGGAGGAGGAAGCCGCGGCUGCGCUCCAAGCUCAGCAGGAGCAACAGAAACAGGAGCAGCAGAAGCAAGCGCUCGCCGCUCAAGCCGCUCGCGAAAGGGAGGAGGAAGCAGAGGAGCACACGGACGACGACGUUAUACCCGAGUUGACGAAGAGCACCUGUCAGCAUUGCAACAAGGAAUUUAGCAGCGUGUGGGUCCUCAAAGCUCAUUGCGAGGAGGUGCACCGCGACUUGGUGCCUCGCGAAUUUCUGGAGAAGUACGCGCAGCAGUUCAAGUGCGAGUACGAGAAGAAGAGCGUCGUGGUCACCGUCGCGACGUCCUCCUCCACGUCGUCCGCGCCUAGGAGUUCCACGCCGGCAUCCGCUCAGCCCCAAGAUCUCACUUCCGACAAAGAACAACGCGAACGGGAGAAAGAAGAGAUCGCGGAGAGCAAGGAACGCGUCAGCAAGACUCCAGAGGCUACCUCGACCACUCCUGCUACCACUCCAGCCCUGAGCAACACGCCCGUUUCCAGCACCGACUCAACCACUCCAGUCGUGCUGACAACCAACUCCACGCAUCACAUUCAGCAACAACAGCAGCAGCAGCAACAACAACAACAGCAGCAGCAACAACAGCAACAGCAGCACGCUCAGCUUACUCUGGCUCAGCAAAUGACCGAGAUGCAAGCUGCUCUGAACGCCAUGGCAGCCUCGCAGCUGCAGCAACAGCUUCAACAGUAUCCAGGAUUGAUGAUGGGGAUGAUGGGUCUGCCGCUGGGACUGAACGUUCCUGCUCUGGCCGCCAUGAAUCUUCAACCACCUCUGGUGCCGAUGAUGCUACCUCCGCCUCCGUACGACGGCGCUGCCACCGCGUAUCCGCCUAUCAACGCUCAAGCUGACCUUCUGGCCAAACAACACAUCGCUUUGCAACAGCAACAAGCUGCAGCCGCAAACGUGGCUGCCUCGCAGAAACGAGCACGCACUCGCAUAACGGACGAACAGCUUAAGAUACUACGCGCGCAUUUCGAUAUUAACAAUUCACCCGGUGAAGAGCAGAUAUUGGACAUGGCGGCGCAGAGCGGCCUACCACCGAAAGUGAUCAAACACUGGUUCCGAAACACGUUGUUCAAAGAGCGUCAACGCAACAAAGACAGUCCGUACAAUUUCAACAAUCCUCCGAGCACAACAUUGAACCUCGAGGAGUACGAGAAAACGGGGGAAGCGAAAGUGACACCGCUGAAUUCUAGCGUAUCGGGGAGCAGUUCCUCGGACGACAAAAGUCCAAACAAGCAAGCGUCCCCGCCGCCGUCGACGACUAAUAUCAACGCGUCUCAGACCAGCGAGAUAAAACAGGAGGUUCAGGAACAACCGCAAUGUCACGUUCCGCAGCACUCGCAACACCAGGAGGAGCAACAGCAUCAUUCGCCCGGGAGCUCGGGCGGGCAACAGUCACGACCUCAUUCGCCAGCUCUGAGCAUUAGCUCCGUAUUUCCUAGCAUUCAUCACGACGUCUCGUCGCAUACACCGACGACGACCUGCGCCCCGAGCACUCCGAUGCUUCCACCGAAACUUGGACCUCAGAAUUUCGCCAGUCCCAACCCUGGACCGGGUGGCGUCGUGCCGAGCGCCAUGGCAGCGAUAGCUCUGACGCCGCAGAGAUCUCUGAGCCCUGGUCGCGGACCGACGGACUAUUCCUUCGGCGGGAACGGGAACGGCAGCAAUUCCUCCGGCGGUAGCUCUGGGAAACGAGCGAAUCGUACAAGAUUCACCGAUUACCAAAUCAAAGUUCUUCAAGAGUUCUUCGAGAAUAACGCAUACCCGAAAGACGACGAUCUGGAAUAUCUGAGCAAGCUUCUUGGAUUGAGCCCGCGCGUAAUCGUGGUUUGGUUCCAAAACGCUAGACAGAAGGCACGUAAAGUUUAUGAGAAUCAACCCGCUGCCGAACCCGUGACAGCCGGCACCCGCGAAAGUGACGACGGUUCAGGCCGCUUUCAAAGAACUCCGGGCUUGAAUUACCAAUGUAAAAAGUGCUUACUGGUGUUUCAGAGAUACUACGAACUCAUUCGGCAUCAGAAGACGCACUGCUUCAAAGAGGAGGAUGCCAAGAGAAGCGCGCAAGCACAAGCCGCCGCGGCUCAAGUGGCCGCCGUUUUGAGUUCCGAAGAUAGCAACAGCAGCUCAACGACCACCACUGCAAACGCUGUGCCCGCUAACCCGACGAACGCGCCGGCGCUCGCCGAGCAACUUCAGCAACCGUUGAACGCUACCGCAUCCCCUCAUCAUCAACAACAGACGUUGACGCAAUCGCAUCAGCAGCCUCAGCAGCAGCUGCAACAACAGCAACAAUCGCAGUCGCAGGCCGAGUCUAAGGAGGGUAGCUUUCAAUGCGACAAAUGCAACCUGAUGUUCGGACGAUUCGAGCUCUGGCGCGAGCAUCAGCUAGUACAUAUCAUGAACCCGUCCUUGUUCCCGCCAGCCUAUCCACCGGACUCGCCUUUCGGCAUUCUUCAACAACAAGCGCUGAACGCGACCUCAGGCGUCGCCGCGGACACCUCCCAUCCGCUGAUCGCGAUGAUGCAAGACAGAAAACGGAAAUACGAGGACUUCGAGGAGGGAACGGGUAGCGAGACGCGGUCCAACUCCGAGCACAGCGAACAACCCAAAGACAAACGUCUGAGAACGACGAUACUUCCGGAACAGCUGGACUAUUUGUAUCAAAAGUAUCAGGUCGAAUCGAAUCCGUCGAGAAAGAUGCUGGAGACGAUCGCUCGCGAGGUCGGCUUGAAGAAACGCGUCGUUCAGGUCUGGUUUCAAAACACCCGCGCCCGCGAACGAAAGGGUCAGUUUCGCGCGCACAGCCAAGUGAUCAAUAAACGUUGCCCGUUCUGUCCGGCGUUGUUCAAAGUGAAAUCCGCGCUAGAGUCCCACCUUAGCAGCAAGCACGCCGAUCAGGUCGCCCGCGGCGAGGUGAACAUAGAUAAUAUCCCCGACGAGGAACUCUCGAUGGAAUCCGCGCCCUCGAAUCCUAGCACCCCGAACAUGAUGCCGCCGCUGUUCCCGCCUUUCAACACCGAUAUGGAGGCUUCCUUGAAGAAGUACUACGAAGAGUCGAUGAAGCGUUACAUCAGCGAGCUCCAAGCUCACGCGAUCAACGGCAAGCAGGAGGCGUCCAACCAUCAAACGGGCAACAACAGCGGCGAAUCACCGUUGGAUCUGAGCAAACCGGUAGAUCUCAGCCGCCCGAUGAAACUCAGCCUCGGCGGAUUGAGCAACCUCCUCGAAGAGCAGCACGGCGUGCAUUUUCGCGGUGGCAGCGAUUGCGGGCCCCUCACCGAUCUCUCCGAAAGAAGCAUCUGCGACGACGACAGCAUGAGCGAGACCACGGAAUUCCUAGACGACGAGAGCGGACCUGCGAGCCCUGCGUCGAGCACCCAAAGCUCGCGACAGGGUCCGGCUUCCGCGGGAGCAGGCGGCACACCGCUCACCCCGGUGGCGGGCGCUGGCAGCGGAACCAGCCAAUCCAGCGGCAAAAGGUAUCGCACUCAGAUGUCGGCGACCCAGGUGAAGGUGAUGAAGUCUCUGUUCUCGGACUACAAGACACCGACCAUGGCCGAAUGCGAGAUGCUCGGCCGCGAGAUCGGUCUGCCGAAGCGCGUGGUUCAGGUCUGGUUUCAGAACGCCCGUGCAAAGGAGAAGAAGGCCAGGUUGGCGGCGGGCUUGCCGGCCGAGGGCUCGGCCGUGCAACCGCAUCGCGGACCGACCGGGCCCGACGAGUGCAGACUGUGCUCGGUUCGAUACUCGGCCAAGUCGCCGCUGCAGGAGCACGUUUUCUCGCGGCGGCACAUCGAGUCGGUCCGCGUCGCCGUCGAGGAGGGCAGCCUGGUGCCACCGACGCCUGGUGCACCGAUCGUUCCCACUGGCAACAGUGGCACGCCAGGGAUCGGUAAUUCGUCGGUGGUCGGGACCACCAAUCAGCAGGCUGGCCAGCAGCAACAGCAAACGGACGAAAACAUGAUGUACGGAUCUUUGUUCCUCCACCCUACGGCGAUGUUCCAGCCGCAGCAGCAGCAGCAUCCUGGCGCCGCGACGGCUAGCACGGCUACCACCACGGCUGUAGCGGCUCCAGGUUUAAGCGGCGGCAUGCACGGGAACGGUCUGAUGUCCUUGCACGUGGAAGGUGGUACGCAGGUCCAGGUGCCGCGGUCUCUGAUGCAGGCCUUCCUGCAACAGGACCCGAAUCAUCCUGGAUUGGAGACGGUGCGUUUGCCGACGCCUCCUCACGCCAACGAUGAGAACGGUCCGCCGCAGCACUGUCGCGAGGUGGAAACCGAAUUGUGUCUUGUAUGUCGCCGAUGCGGCCGAGCUUAUCCUCAAGAGUCGACGCUGCUCGCUCACCAGCGCUCCUGUUACCUGGGCAAUCAACAGCGUCGCGGCGCGCUGCGUCUCGUGCAAUCACGUUACGGAUGUUCCUUGUGCGACGGAAACACCCCCGCUCGUACCUACGCGACCAUCGGCGAAUGGCGACGUCACGCCGAAACGUUGCAGCAUCGGGCACGCCUAGAGGCCAGCCAUCAACAACAGCAACAGCAACAGCCGCAACACCAGCAGCAUCAACAGUUCGGCAAUAUUGGCGCAGACUCUGGGGCACAGUGCGGCGAGGAGGUGCAUCCUCUCACGGACGAGAUGGAGGACGUCGUCAAUCAGAUCACCUUGCUGGCUGCUCGUGCGGCCGCUGAGAGCACGACCGGCCAAUCCCAGGGUAACGAGAGGGUGAACCCGGAUAACAACAACGCUCCGGACGUGAAGAGACAGAAGCUGGUCCAGGAGGUGGCCGCUUUAACCGGGGCACGUUAAACGCGCGCGGCGGCAUGGAAACGAGGAGGACAAGGGUAGGAGCUUCUCGCUGAGGGAUGGCGAUAGGAUGCGCGAUUGAAACUUGUGGAUACCACGUCCCGUCCCGAACGCGAUCCCUUCGCGAAGCAGGCGGCGAAGAAAGAAGAAAAUGGACCGAGAGUGUUCGAUGGGUGCUCUUUGAGAGAGGUACUCGAUAACGAAGAAUAACAAAACCAAAAAGAAAAAAAAAAGAAAAAUUAACGUUCCUAACCGGCUAGACAACGGGCAGGGGGGUUCCAAACCUGGGAACCGUCGGCGGGGAGGAGGGGGCAGAGCGUCCUCUUCCCGAUCCCAAGGUACUCGCGCGUGGACGGUGUGGACCAAUCGCGACGAGAGCGCAUAGCGAACCUCUCUUGUUUCCUUUCGGUUUAAACUUUAUGUUCCGUUUUUUUGCGCACUGCCACUGUCGCGCAACACCCCCAAGUUCAACUGAUUAGUUUUUAUCGCGUCGACUGUAAUAGCGCGCCAACGAGCGGCGCGCGCUCACCAAAGUUCCUUCGAUUGAAAGAAAUAAUGAAGAGGAUGAAAAACUCCGAGAGAGAAAACUCGAGUAAACGAAUAGACGUUUG